GAGAGAGAGAGAGAGGGCGGCGCUCGGUUGACCCCCUGCACUUCUCGCUUUUAGCUCACUAGUCGUCUACAUGCCUACAGCGCGACAAUAAACUGGUUUAACUAGGCGACAGGCAAAAAAAAAAAAAGACGAUGUGUCAGAACACUUUCGGCAGGUUCCUCUUUUCUUAGGGGCGCGACUGGCAAGGCAGCGACCGGAAACACGGCAAAAUGGCCCGUUUCGAGUUCAAAGGACGAGAACCGUGACGAUGAUUUGACGUUAGUUUGCUCACCAGCAGUAUGGCACGUCGCUCUCAAUGUUCUUCUGCCGGGGAUAAUCCCCUGCACCCCAACUACCUUCCUCCUCACUAUCGGGAAGAGUAUCGUCUGGCAAUUGAUGCACUGAUUGAGGAAAAUGUGGAAGGAUAUUAUGAGUUCCUCCAAAAGGCAGAUGUGGUGGAUUUCCUGGCUACACCUGAGAUCCAAUAUAUUCAGAGUUCAGCAUACCUUCCUCAGCAGGCCACCUACCAGGAGCAAAACUUUCUCGAGAGUGGAGAAGACAGCUCCUCGGAUACAUACUGGCCAAUACACUCGGACCUGGAUGCCCCUGGCCUGGAUCUUGGCUGGCCUCAGCUGCAUCUUUUUGGUGGACCCACGGAGGUCACCACUCUGGUUAACCCUCCUGAGCCUGACAUGCCAAGUAUCAAGGAGCAGGCCCGGCGACUUAUCAAGAAUGCUCAGCAGGUUAUUGCCAUAGUGAUGGACAUGUUUACUGAUGUUGACAUAUUUGCCGACAUUUUGAAUGCAGCCAUGAGAAACGUCGCCAUCUAUAUUCUUUUAGACGAGCAGAACGUGCAUUAUUUCACGAACAUGGUGUCCAACUGCAGAGUAAAUCUACAGAGUAUCCAAUGUCUACGUGUAAGAACUGUAUCUGGCAUCACUUAUCACUGCCGCUCAGGGAAAUCCUUCAAAGGUCAGAUGAUGGAUCGCUUCUUGUUGACAGACUGCAGGGCCGUACUGAGUGGGAACUACAGCUUCAUGUGGUCUUUUGAGAAACUACAUCGCUGCAUGGCACAUCUUUUCCUUGGACAGCUUGUAUCGACUUUUGAUGAAGAGUUUCGGAUCCUCUUUGCUCAGUCACAACCAUUAUUGACUGAUGGGCCUGCUGCCAUGGAAGACCUUGGCCUUUUACAAAAAAGGCAAUACCCAAGUAAAAUAACUUCACUUGUGUACAGAGAGCCCAGAAAGUUUCUACCAAUGGACAUGCCUCAUGCAGAUGAUUGGACUAAACCAUCAUAUGAUGAACAAAUGGAAACUGACUGGAGAAUGUCACACUUGAAAAGAAAUGACUCUUUCCAUGGUCCUGUUGAUAUGUACAGUCAGCAAGGACACUCCAAGUUUCCAAUGAUGGAAAACCCCGCUUUGAAACGCAACAUUUAUGCUGAAGGUGUUACCGGCAGGUACAAUUACCCAUUCCCGACUCAACCAGCAGCAGACCUUGAGGCCCGGGGAAGGCUGUUUCACAGGGGGCAGCAGAAAAUUGUGGGCCCAGGUCCUGAAGUUGGCCCUGAGAAAUUCUGGGGCCAAAACUAUCAUUCUGCAGAUCAGUAUUCUGAACCAGGCUUACCACAAGAGAUGGAGCCAUUCGAUAACUUUGACCCUGUGCUUAACUAUUUAUCAUCCACCAGGAAUGUGGACUUUGAGCAGGUCUCAGAGAAAUUACAACCUCCUGCAGAUUUGGCUUCAAGUUUAUCUCAGCCUACAUUGGAUGAUAAACAGUUUUUACAGGAGUCCAACGCUGACCGGAAAGACCCCAUGGUAAAGCGGGGUUUAAGGAACUGGAGAAUUAACUCCUUCCUUAGUGCACAUGAUAUUCCAGGGGAUGAAGGCCUGCCAUCGAUGCCGCCUCAGGCAACAGAUCCUUUCGAGGAGCCAUCCAUCACGGUUCAGCCAACAGAGUUAUCCAUUCCUAAAAUCCCAAAUGUCCGAGAGUUUAAAAUUCCUGUCGUACCGAGAGUAAGUCAGUUGCCAUGUUAUGCCAAAACUUUUGCAUUGGAACCAGAGCAGUCAAAUAAAUUGUCAGAAGAAAGUACCGCUGGGCCAGCUGACACCAAAACAACACCAAGUCCCUCCGAAUCAUCAUCAACAACUGAAGGGGAGAAACUAGAAGAGGCUGAACAAAAGGAACCGACCGCUUUUCGGAAGGAAGAGGCAUUUAGGAGAAAAUAUAAUCCAGCAAUGCCAAGAAGCUCAAGAUUAAGAUCAUCUCUGAUAUUUAACUCUUUAGAGCAACAUACAGCAGGACAACAAGAUGACGAGAGUGACAAAAAUGAGGGCGAUCAGACAAAACUACCAUUUGCUUCCCAGGUUUUUGGACAAAGAAGGUCAGCCGCAAGAGAAGCUUUCGGAUGGACUCGUUACCUAAAGUCGUUCGAUAGCUCUGCCCCGGAAGCAUCCAAGCAAGAGGCAAAUGAUAAACCACAGGAUAAAGAUUUAUCAAAGGAAGAUUUAAAGAGUUCCUCAGAAAAUCUCGAGGUACAACAUCCAGAUAUUGAACAAGCAAAGGUUUCUCCAUCACCAUCCAGAUUGAAGCGGUCUGAAUCUGAUAUGUUAAAAAGUGAUCAAGCACCCAAGUCUUCGGUGGACAAGAUGUCAUCUGUCGAUAUGAGUGAUCCUGAUAAGAGAUUCGUGUUUUUCAAAGAGCUGGCAGCAAAACGCAAAGCUGCUAGGGCUGCAGAAGCUGAGAAGAAAGCCACGAAGACUGAAAAGAAAACACCAACUGAUCCUGUCAGUGAUGGCCCAAAUGAUGGAAGGAAAGAUGAGAAGACUUCCCAACUGUCAAUGUCACCAAGUGUUACGUCAACAGAUUUAAGUAAAACAAAAUCUACAGAGCCACCUGUUGAUGUCAGUCACCAGGCAAAGAAGCAAGAGGGCCAGGUCAGUAAUCUAACCGUUAUCUCCCAAAGCUCAAAACGUGAGCAGCCAACUGAUUUAAAAAAGGUAGAAUUGGGGAACACCCAAACGGCAGCAUCUUUAUCUGUUUCUGCAGAAACAGAGACUCAUCAGUGUGAAUCGGAAGAUCCAGAGCUUCACAAAGCUUCCUUGAGUGAGUGUAGCUCUGGUUACCAAUCCAUGAUAACAAAAGAACCACAUGCUAAUCUUCCAUCGCCUAAGCCUAGCACUGAUAAAAGCUUAUCACCGGUUCUUACUCCCACCACGGGGGAUUCAGCAUCAUCUCCUGCAUCUAACAUCCAAACUCGAGACUCAUCACAGGUCAAGAGCAAUGUGGUUUCUCUUUCUCUGGCACCACAAUCUAGCAAAGUAGCGCAGCCAGAUGCAAAAAACUCUAACUCUGAAAACACUGCUUUCAUUCGUGGCCAUCAAAGCACAUCCAGUCCUCAUGACUCUAACAUAGACUCACCUAGUAUGCAGUCCCUAACUGACAAAAUACACCUGGAAAAAUCUAUCAGUGCCUCCCCUCCUCGUCCCACCCAAUCUACAGAGGAAGCCAAUUUGAAGAAGAAACAAGCAGUGGCUGCUCAAGACCAAAACGUUCCUGUAGAUGAGUCUGGGGUGUCACCCAUUGGUGCCCUCUCAUCUCCCAGACAAGACAAAGGGGAUGUCCCACUGGAAUCCAAUAUAUUUGGCUUUCAUAUUCAUUCUAAAUCUGACCGAAAAGAAGACUCUUCUCAAGAGCAAUUAAAGCAAACAACUUCCCCGACUGACACUAACCUGGAAGGAUCGUCAACUCCUGCUGUUCCAGAUUUAUGUUCAUCUGUGUUGGUUCAGUCUGUUUCGCCUACUCACGCCGAAAGUACAACGCCAACAUUACAUGGAUCUCCAGACACCAACUUUUUAACCAAUGGGAAUCCAAACGACAGAAAGAAAAUAACAAUGCACCCUACCUCAGUUGACACAUCUGUUCCGACGGUGCCAGCACCUCUUGAUAGCAUUAGCAUGGAUUAUCAAAAUGAUGUCAGCAAAGAUUUGAAAUCGCCUACAGUUUUUGAAAAUAAAAUGGAGGACAGUGAAAGAAUAAAUGAACCAACAGGGCAAAGUAAAUGUUCAGGAACGACAGCAGUGGACGGGCUACCAUCACAGCUAUCCAAGCAGCCAAAGUCAAGCCAGUCUCGCUACCACUCAUCAACUGCCGGCGUGCUCUCGAGCAGCAACCUCCGAGAUGAUACCAAGUUGCUGCUCGAACAAAUUUCGGCAAAUAGCCAAAGCAGGAAUGAGUCUACAAAGGAGUCACCCGUCACUGAUGAUGAGAAAGAAGAUGAAGCUGACAAAAAUGCCAAGAGGGAAAAAGAAAGAGAGAGCGGGUCACUAAGCAGCGACAUGACAAAUUUGUCUCAGGACCGUGACAAGCUGCUGGAGAGGCUUCAAAAUAUGAGGAAGGAGAGGAAAGUUUACAGUCGCUUUGAUAUGACUUCUUAACUGGGAUCCAGAGAGAAAGCCGCGAGAAAAGAUUAGAGACUGAAGUACAGCAGAAAGCUGACAAAGACGUUUGACAUGAUCAGUAAAGACCAAUAGGGUAGGGGUUCUAUUUGUCAAUCACUAUCACUUAAGUCAGCGUGGCGGUUGACAGCGCACAUGUAAUAUGUGGUAAACGGUUUUAAAGACAUGGAUGAGUAAAGUGCAAUUUGUUACAAGUGACUAUUUGAGGAGCCUGGGCUUUUUAUGACAUUACUCUCCACAGUACUUUGUCCAGAAUGAACUUGUUUAGAAUCAUGAUCAUAAGAGCCUUGCCCUGGUUUUAUAACAUGGCGGUGUUCAAAAAUAUACUAUGUUGAUAAAAACAAGAUUUGCCAAUUGGCUGGAUGAACUCUAAAAUUUCCACAGUAAAUAGAAAUCAAUUCGAUCCAAUCAGACAUUAAUUCUUAGUGCAGAAACAGAACUUGUUGUAAAGUAUCUUCUGCCAUCUAGCGGGUUUUCUUGUAACUACAGGCCCCCCACGUCAACAGCGUUGUUCUCAUAACUAAAUGUUACCGCAUUUGGUGACUUGUUGGAAGUGUGAUAGAAUGACAUAUUGCCUCAUUUACAUAUUUCAGCAGCAGUCGUGGUAUUCUGCUCAUGUACGUUCCUUUUAAACUUGGCUUUCUCCGCAAUACACAAGCAGGCAUUUGUAAAAUUAAGAAAGACAUAUAAACCUGCUUGCUGGUUUAGAAUUAGAAUUUACAAUGCCAAUACUGUAUAGUUAUCUUAAUGCUAUUUAGAAAAGGUAUUUAGUCCAAUAAUAAUAAUCACGCGUUGGAAACAUGAGGACCGUAAGUGUGAUAGAAGCAAUCACAUCUUAAACCUGAUUUAUCUUAGAUAAACUUUUCAGAAUCGUCUCUUAGUUUUGUUGUUUUAACUGACUAUAACGUGGCAAUGAAGGUAUUCAUGAAUAAAUAAGCUCCACUUUUUAAGAAAGCAAUUUGCAUAAAAAAUCUCCAGACUGUUCACUAUCAGAUUAUUGCAAUGCCAUAUUUGUGUGUGUGUGUUAUAAUGUCUGAACAGCUUUGUCACAUUAUUGGUGUAUUUUUGCAGCGUUUGAGUCAUCCAUAUUACUGUCGUAGCAAUAAGAAAACAUGUUCCUUAAAGGACCUCAAAGCCUGACCAUGUACAAUGUUCAUGUGGCGGUAAAUGACAAACUUGUUUUAUAUUUUGUGAUUGAAGAAACUGAGCUUUUGUGCCUUUGUAUUCUUCUGAAAUUGUGCCUUACCUAUAAAACCUGUCAAAUGAAACAAACUAACAAAAUAGAAUGAUUUUAAAGAUACUUUUAAUGGAUGUCUGGUCUUCUAGACAAAAUGGAGAAAAUAAAUUGCUUUUAAAAUGUCA